CUCCUUUGUCGGUACUCCAAUCCAGCAUUUACGUGGGCUUAUGACUUAUCCAGCUCAAAGCAAAUGUCCGUUUUUUUCAAGUCUUGCCUUGGCAAUGUUGUUGAAAUUCUACUCUGAGUCCCAGAGAUUGAAGGUGAAACAUAUUUAUCGUUAAUUUUGGCAUGUUUCUUUUUUUUUUUUUUUUGCGGUGGUACUUUCGUUUUCUGUUCUGUCCGUGACGUCAAUUUGUUAAACAAACACGCGGCCACGGGGCGUUGUUGAAGCUUAUUUGCAUUGUUUCUUUCCAAUUUAGUUUGUCUUUAGGCGAUAAGUCCAAACACAUUGACAACCCUUCAUUUGAUUUUAGGGGUGUGAACCUUGUGUAUUCCCUCUGUGUCCCAUACACGUUUACAGACCUCUGCAUCAUGACGGACGAACUGGACAGAAGGUUUAUUCCUGACUUCAGCAACACUCCUAAGGAGAAGUUACUAGAAGUCAUGGGAGGCCGAGGUGGCGAAGCUAUUGCUGUUAUUGAAGAGAAGUUUGGAGGUGUUAAAAACAUCAUUCAUGAACUUCACACUUCGGCGAACAAAGGAAUAAUUGGCCUUCAGGACGGUGUUAGACACAGGCAAGAAGUGUUUGGAAGAAACGUAAUUCCUUUAGAUCAACCUAGAAACAUUUUUAACUAUCUUCUUUGUGCUAUGAAGGACUGGGUGAUAUUGAUCUUGUUUGGUGGGGCUUUGAUUUCUGUUAUUCUGGGUGCUGUCUUUCCUGAAAAGUGUGAGGGUCAUGAUUCUUUUGCUGUGGUCAUGUAUGAGGGUAUUGGAAUCAUGAAUACUGUCAUGGUCAUGAUACUAUUGAUAGCUUUCAGUGACUACCUGAAAGAGAGCGAUUUCCGUAGCCUGCAUUCCAAAAUUAACAGAGAGCGUAAAGUUAAAGUCAUCCGAAGUGGACAAGUUAUAGAGCUUCUUGCAAGGGACAUUGUUGUAGGUGACUUGUGCCAGUUGAACAUUGGAACUCUUAUCCCAGCUGAUGGAGUUAUUGUGCAGCAAAAUGAGCUUUUUGUCAAUGAAUCAGCUUUAACAGGUCAGAGAAGUAUGGUACCUAAGGCAACAGACCCCUUGGUGUUCGCUGGCACACACAUUGUUGAUGGGUCUGGUAGGAUGGUUGUGAUGGCUGUUGGACUCCACACACAGCUGCACAUGAGGGACACUCGAUCUCCCACAACACCUUCAAUUGUUACAUUUAGGGCAGCUUUCCCUGAUGAAGAGGAUGUUAAUGUGGAAUCUGCUUCAUUUGAGCAUAAGGAAGAUACUGCAUUAUUGCAAGGGAAAAUAAACAAGAUCCAAGUGGCUCUUGGUCAUGUCAGCAUCGUUCUAGCACUUGUUGCCAUUCUGGUCAUAAUUAUCCGCUUUAGUGUUCAUACCUUCUCCACAAUGGGUCUAUCCUUUGAACCCAGUCAUUUUAAUGAAUACAUCAGAUCUUUAAUAAUCGGUGUUGUUGUCCUUAUAAUUGCUGUCCCAGAAGCACUGUCUCUAGUGAUAUCCACCUCCCUGGCAUUCUGUGUCAAGAAAAUGUACCAUGACAGAGCCUUGGUGCGACAUGUCAAUAUGUUAGAAACAAUGGGUAAUAUCACAAACAUUUGCUGUAACAAGACAGGAGUCCUCACACAGAACCGCAUGGUUGUGGCAAAGAGCUAUAUUGGUGAACAAACUUAUGAAAGUGAGCCAAGACAGUACAAAGAGAGCAUUCCGCAAACUCUGUUUGAAGAUCUAUGCAAAGCCAUUUCUGUCAAUACCAGUUAUGCUGCAGAAAUCCUGCAAGCAGCAGAAGACAAAAUUCCAAAGCAGAGUGGAAACGAGACAGAUGCUGCUUUGUUGCAGUUUUUGUCUGAGUUUGGUGAAUACUACCAGUCAUGGAGAGAUGACUAUCCUGAAAAUAAAUUGAUCAAGGUCUUUGAGUUCACCCCUGAUCGUAAAUGUAUGACAACAAUUAUAAGUGAUGAUCAUGGAGGGUACAAGGUAUAUUCCAAGGGAGCUGCUGAAGUACUCCUUGAACUUUGCACCCAUGUUGUUGGAAUGAAAGGGGAGCUGAAAGAAUUUAGUAAGGAGGAUGCUGAGAAUCUUUCAAGGGAUCUAAUUGACCCAUGGCAGCAGAAAGGCUUGCGUGUUCUUUGUUUAACCACUAAGAAUAUCUUUCCUGAAGAUGGUGAGAAACUUCUGAGUAAAAGGGAGAAAGAAAUAUUGCAAGAUUUGAUACUCCAGGCAGUUGUAGGCAUUGAAGAUCCAGUCAGAGAACAGGUACCAUAUGCUAUAAGGCAAUGUCAGAAGGCUGGUAUUACUGUGCGUAUGGUGACUGGAGAUAAUGUAAUCACUGCAAGGUCUGUGGCUGUCAAAUGUGGCAUCAUCAAACCCAAUGAUGAAAGCCUCGUGUAUGAUGGAGAAGAGUUCAAUUCAUACAUCAGGGACCCUGAUAAAAAGAUUAAUACUGACCGUUUUAAUGCUAUGUGGCCGAAACUGUGUGUCCUGGCAAGAUCCACACCUUUAGAUAAGUUCACAUUAGUGAAAGGGAUGAUGGAGAGUCAUGUUAAACCUGCUGGAGAGAUUGUAGCUGUGACAGGCUCAGGGGCUAAUGAUGGCCCAGUGUUAAGAAUGGCAGAUGUUGGCUUCACUAUGGGGGUGGCAGGCACUGACAUUUCUAAGGAGGCUUCUGACGUCAUACUUUUAAAUGAUGACUUUAACAGUAUUGUAAAUGCCAUUAAGUGGGGACGCCAUAUCUACCACACCAUCCUUAAGUUUCUACAGUUUCAAUUCACUGUCUGUUGGGUUGCCGUUAUCAUAGUAAUCUUUGGAGCAGCAAUUGUUGGUGUAAGUAAAAUCUGUUAUUUAUGCCAGUGCUCAUCUCAUCUGUUGUUUCUGGACUGAGGAAGUAAUUUGAGUCUAUUGCUAUUAUUGCUAUUGCUAUUACUAGCACUAGCACUAUUACUAUUACUAUUACUAGCA